AUGUCAAGAUUAUUAAAUAAUAAUUAUAAUAAUAAAACUAAUAUCCUCAGCAAAUCCAUUACCAAUGUAUUUUUAAAUAACAAAAAUAAUUUCAGACUAAAUUCUCAAACAAUCAUCGCUUGUAAUAGCAAUAAUUCGAAUAAUUACAACAAUGAAAGAUUAAAUAGUUUUAAUAAUGGAUUAAAUAACUUUGGUCGCAGCAUAAGCACCAACAAUAGUAGCAUCAAUAGCACUGAAAGAAAGAUCGAAGAGAUUUACCAAAAGAAAACACCAACUGAACAUGUUUUAUUAAGACCAGAUUCAUAUAUUGGCACAAUUGAAAAAAUCGAAGAUGAUAUGUGGGUAUUAUCAAACUCAAUGUUUAAUAAGAAAACUAAAACUGUCGAAAAAAAGAAUGCUCAAGUCUCUGAAACAGAUAAUCAAUCAAGUGAUAAAUCGUCAAAAAACAAAACAUUUAUCCAACCAAUCAAAGCAACAUAUGUUCCAGGUCUUUUGAAAAUAUAUGACGAAAUCUUAGUAAAUGCAGCAGAUAACAAGAAAAGAGAUUCGACAAUGUCUUUUAUUAAAGUAGAGAUCAACCCAAAUAAAGGUACAAUAUCAAUUAUGAACGAUGGAAAAGGUAUACCCAUUGUAAUGCAUUCCACCGAGAACUGUUAUGUUGUUGAAAUGGUAAUGGGCAACUUAAUGAGUGGCUCAAAUUUUAAUGAUAACGAAUUAAAAGUUGUUGGUGGUCGUAAUGGUUUUGGUGCAAAACUUACCAAUAUUUUUUCAAAGGAAUUUGUAGUCGAAACUAUUGAUAAAAGCUCAGGAAAAAAAUAUUAUCAAAAAUGGUCAAAUAAUAUGAGUAAUAGAGAAGACCCAAUAAUAACAAAUAUUAAAGAAGGUGAGCAAGAUUAUACCAAAAUUACAUUCACACCAGAUUUAGAAAAAUUUAAAACCAAUUCGUUAUGGGAUGACGAUAUUUUACAAUUAAUGGAAAAAAGAUUGUAUGAUAUAGCAGGCUGUAAUCCAGAGGUUAAUGUCUAUUUAAAUGGGGUACAACUUAAUUACGACUUUGAAAAAUAUGUUAAAUUAUACGAACAUCAUCUAAGUGGUAGUGCAAAGAAAGAAGAUUCCGAAGAGCUUUAUAAAGAAGAAUCAUUUAUAUUUGGCGAUAUUGAUGAACGUUGGAAAAUUGGUGUUGGUCUUAGUGAAACUGGUCAAUUCACUCAAGUUAGUUUUGUAAAUAGUAUAAAUACAAUUAAAGGUGGUACCCAUGUAAACUAUAUUGCUGAACAAAUCGUUCGUUAUAUUGCCGAUAAAAUGAAAAAGAAACACAAUGAUUUAGAGGUUAGACCCAUCAACAUUAAACAUCACUUGGCCUUAUUUGUAAACUGUUUGAUCGACAACCCAAGUUUUGAUAGUCAAAGUAAAGAAACCCUAACCACAAAAUCUCAACUAUUUGGCUCAAACCCAGAGAUACCAGAGUCAAUAUUAGCAGCAUUUGUAAAGAAUAGUAAAAUUAUCGAAAGGGUCGCUGGUUGGGUAUUAAUGAAACAAAAAGCAGAUUUGGUUCACCAAUCAUCAACUCGUCAAUCUAAAACCGCAUUAAUUAAAUCAAUUCAAAAAUUAGAAGAUGCAAAUUGGGCAGGUGGCCAAAAAAGCAAUCAAUGUACUUUAAUUGUAACCGAAGGUGACUCUGCUAAAUCAUUAGCAUUGGCUGGUCUUAGUGUAAUUGGUCGUAAUACAUAUGGUGUUUUCCCAUUACGUGGUAAACUUUUAAAUGUAUGUGAUGUCAAACCUAAGCAACUAUUAAAUAAUGAAGAGAUUAAUAACCUUACCAAUAUCCUCGGCCUAUCACACAAAAAAACCUAUGAAACCGAAGAGGAACUAAAAGAAUUGCGUUAUGGUAAAAUUAUGAUUAUGGCUGAUCAAGACCACGAUGGUUCACAUAUUAAAGGUUUGGUAAUUAACUUUAUCCACCAUUUCUGGCCAAAUCUUUUAAAGAUUGGCUUCAUCGAAGAAUUUAUUACUCCAAUUAUUAAAGUUUCAAAAAGCUCAACCCAAAAGAGAUCAUUCUACACAAUUAAAGAUUAUCAAAAAUGGAGAGAGGGACUUUCAAAGGAUCAAAUUAAGCAAUACACUAUUAAAUACUACAAGGGUUUGGGUACUUCAACAUCAGCAGAGGCAAAAGAGUAUUUCAGCGAUUUGGGUAAACAUGUGAUUAAAUUCAAAUGGGAUAAAGAUACAGAUAAAUAUAUUUCAUUAGCAUUUUCUAAAGACUCAAGCUCACUUAGACAAACCUGGAUUAAAGAAUCUGAUAUGUCCCAAGGCAUUGAUCAUACAAUCAAAGAAAUGACAUUCCCAGACUUUAUUAACAAGGAGUUAAUCCAUUUCAGUUGGGCUGCUAAUAUUAGAAGCAUUCCAUCUUUAAUUGAUGGCUUAAAACCAGGUCAACGUAAAAUUUUAUUUGCUUCAUUCAAGCGUCGUUUAACUUCUGAAAUUAAAGUAUCGCAACUCUCUGGUUAUGUAGCUGAGCAAACAUCUUAUCAUCACGGUGAACAAUCAUUAAAUUCAACAAUUAUUAAAAUGGCACAUAAUUUUGUUGGUUCAAAUAAUAUACCAUUAUUAACACCCUCUGGUCAAUUCGGUACUCGUUUACAAGGUGGUGAUGAUUCAGCAUCUGCAAGAUAUAUUUUCACUAAACUCGAACCAAUUUCACGUCAUCUCUUUAAUGAAAUGGAUGAUGCUCUCUUAAACUAUCUUGAAGAAGAGGGUGAAUCUAUUCAGCCAGAUUACUAUGUACCAAUUAUCCCAAUGGUUUUAGUUAAUGGUAGUGAAGGUAUUGGUGUUGGCAUGGCCACUACAAUUCCAUUGUUUUCUCCAAUCGAUUUAAUCGAACAAAUUAUUUGCCGUCUCGAUAAUGUGCCCCCAUUAAAAAAGAUCAUUCCAUGGUAUCGUGGAUUCAAGGGUACUAUCCAACCAAAUCUUAAAUCAUACAAAACAAACGGUGUCAUUAAAUUUGAUGGCAAAGGAUUAGUUAUCUCUGAACUACCAAUUGGUAAAUGGACCUCUGACUAUAAAGAUGUACUCAACGAUUUAAUAGAAAAGGAUGUAAUUAGAGGAUUCCAAGAAGCCAAUACAGAAAACAGCGUCCACUUUAAUAUUUUAUUAUCAAAUCAACAAAUGGAAGAAAUGGAGGAUCUUAGCGAAAAUGAAAUGAUAACAUUGUUUAAACUUUCAUCAAAUCUUCACCUCAAUUUAACAGUCUUUGAUGAAAAAAAUAAAAUUGUAAAAUAUGAAUCACCAGAGGAAAUUAUCGAUCACUUUUUCAACAUCCGUUUAGAGUUCUACAAUAAACGUCGUUCCCAUUUAAUGGCAAGCUUAACCCAACAAAUUAAACGUCUUUCAAGUACAAUCAAAUUCUUAGAGACUAUAGCAUCUGGUAAAUUAAAGAUCCAAGGUCGUACCAAACAACAACUUAUCGAUGACCUCGAAAGUCAACAUGAUUUCGGUAGCCAUACACCAGAAGAAUACCAACACCUUUUCUCAUUAUCAAUUUUAGAUAUCACCAAAGAAAGAAUAGAUAAUUUACAAUCACAAUUAAACAAACGUCAAGUCGAGUUUAAUCAAAUUAAAGAUUCAGAUUCGUCAUCUCUUUGGAAAGCUGAUCUUAAACAAUUAAAGGAGUAUUUAGAAAAAUCUCAAGAUUUUCAAAAAAAACCUUUAAAAACAGAAUCAUCUUCAUCAACUAGUUCUUCAUCCUCAUCUAAAGCUGCUAAAAUUAAAAAUAAAAAAUUAUAA